GCUGCAGGCGGCGGACGCCCGGCGCUCUUAUACCAAGUCUUGUGUAUUUGUCACUUGUCUUUGUAUCAUAGCUGCAAUACCCCCUUUGUCUCAUCGUGCCUGUUUAGUGGCCCGUUUUCAUAAUGUCCGUAGAGGAAGGCUGGCACACGGUGGAGGACGGCAAGAAGCUGUACACAAAGACGUGGAAGACGAAUGGUCCUGCCAAAGCUCGCCUGGUAUUUAUACAUGGUUUCAGCGAUCAUUGCAAUGCCUACAACCAAUUCUUUCCCACGUUGGCCUCGAAGGGUAUCGAAGUCUAUGCGUUCGACCAGAGAGGAUGGGGCCGCUCAGUUGCAAAGCCGUCCGAGAGGGGCCACACCGGUCCAACCUCCAAAGUGCUUGACGAUAUUACUUCUUUCCUCAGAACAGUCAUCCCAUGCCCCAUUCCUCUAUUUCUCAUGGGCCACUCCAUGGGCGGUGGAGAAGUGCUUCUUUACAUGUCAACCGGGCCAGCUGAGAUACGCAAGCACAUUCGUGGUUAUCUCUUAGAAUCGCCAUUUAUCGACUUUGACCCAAAGUCAAAACCUUCAUCGAUCACCGUAAUCCUCGGCCGACUGGCUGGAAAGGUGUUGCCGCAUCAUCAAUUGACCAACCCACUUGAUGUCACACUCAUCACGCGCGACCCAGCAGUGCAGAAACAAUUCACUGAAGACGAGCUUUGCCAUGACACCGGCACUCUUCAGGGUCUCGCUGGAAUGCUGGACAGGACCGCAGACCUCGCCGGUGGCAAGGUUAAGAUUGGCGAUGAUGCAGGCGAGGGCGGUGUUACGAGGGUGUGGAUAGGCCACGGUGACAAAGAUGGCAUCACCAACUACCAAGCAACAAAAACUCUCGUAGAGCGGCUUCCAGUGAAGGACAAAGAGUUCAAGACAUAUGCCGGAUGCUACCAUAGAUUGCAUGACGAGCCGAGUCCCGAUAAGGAGGUGUUUGUAGACGAUGUCGCCAACUGGGUACUGUCGCGCUCUGAAGACCCAGUGCAAGUGGAGGAUUCCAAGCCUAAGCUGUGAGCUCUUGUUGCGAAUAGAUACCACCCAAACCCAUCUAGAUUGUUGCCAAGAGUAGCUGUACCUGGUCAAAUGCGGUGCAUCGCAAAACCCCUACUUGAAACAGAAACUUUGAGGCGGAGUGCUUUUAACGUAUGCAUGCAUCCACACGC